UUGUAACAAUGGAAGCUAAAGGUUGUGAAGAUCAGUACGAGCAUUUACAGGCAAACAUUAUUUAUGUGGUCACGAAUAUACCCGGGCCAGGUAUAGAUCUUGACGAAUUUGAAUCCGAAUUCACUUGCGGGUGUAACUGCAAGCAGAAAUGUGUAGAAAAUUGUUCCUGUUCUCGUUUUUUUCUCAAUUAUGUCGAUGGUUGUAUUUUAAAUGAAAAAUUAUGCGGUCCUAUUGUAGAGUGUAAUCAAUAUUGCAAAUGUGACAUUAAUUGCGGUAACAAACUAGUUCAGCAUGGCCCUUUAGAUUGUUUAAAAGUAACGCCAACUGAAUCUAAUGGAAAUGGCUUGCAAACUACAAAAACAAUCAAAAAGGGUCAAUUUAUUUGUGAAUAUGCUGGUGAGGUGAUAGGAUUAGAAGAGGCGAAAUCAAGAAUAGAAGCAAACAAACGUGAAAAUUCAAUGAACUACGUUCUGGUUGUAUCUGAGCAUUUGAACGACAGAAUAAUAAAGACUUGCAUUGAUCCAAAGUUAUUUGGAAAUAUUGGACGAUAUUGUAAUCAUAGCUGCGAACCGAAUUCUAGCCUUGUACCAAUUAGAAUAGAAGGAAUAGUGCCCAGAUUAUGUUUAUUCGCGUCGAGAGAUAUCAAGCAAUGGGAAGAGAUUACUUUCAACUAUGGGGGGGAGGAGUCAAAUUCUGUUCACAACCUUAGUGAUACACCCUGCCUCUGUGGUUCGUCUAAAUGUAUUCGUUAUUUGCCACAUCACCCAAUUUAACUGCAUGGCUAUUUCUUGCAUAGAGAAUGGAGGUAUUAUUGUGAAGUUGGCAGAUUGUCUACAGUUAGUAACCUUUGCCAAUUUAUUCAAUAUUCAUGCAGUCCAGGAUGAUUUUGUUUUUAUUCUUCUUCAUUUCCAUUCAUUCAGUGCGUUAAUCACCCUAAAAACAGUCAUUCCUGUUUUGGUCUUCAUCAAUUGAUUUUUUUGCAAUUGUGAUUUUACUGGACUUGGUAUGGCUCACUAAAUUUUUAUCGAUAAUUGUUGACAUUAAAAUAUCAUCAAACUAACAAAAGCUUUAUUUUAACUGUGGCAAAAUAUUUGCAAAACACAGCGAAAAAAUGAGAUAUUUUGCUUGUCUAGUUAGGUAAUAGAGAAAUGAGAAGAACUUGUGCUACGAGAUACAUUAUAAUUGAUGUAUUAUGAAUAGUUCAGUUUUGAACACAUCAUGAAUUUUGGAUAUUAGAUAAUUUAGUGAAGACUGAAGAUGAAGAGAAAUAUGUUGAUAUUGUUAUAAACUAAUUAAAGAUCGCCGAUCCCGUUAUUAAAUGAUAUAUAUGAUUUUUGAUAGACCAAAUUCUUGCAUUCAUUUCUCAGCUGCUCGCCAACAAUAUUGUCAUAAUCAUGCUUAUUGUAAGUUCAUAUAAGUAUUCAACGAUAGGAUUCAGAUAGUAUAUUCCAACUGUUGCGAGGAAUCAUUGUUAAAAGAAGUAAAUGCAUGUAAGACAGUGGAAUAAUCAAAAUUUUUUAUAUUGUUGCCUGUUGUUAAAUUAAACAAUGUAAAUGUUGUAGACACUUGACAUUGUUAUAUCAAUAAAGUACAUGAAUUAUUGAUUACUCCACGACAA